GAGUCGUCAUCGUUAUUGUGAGUGUGAGAGAAAAUUUAGAGAGAGAAAUCGCCGGCGUUAUCUCGGGAUUCCCGCCGGGAAAUUAGUUUAAAGCUCACGCGCUGGUUUUUGACCGGAAAAUGCUUCAUCUUCUAGAAAUGUUGUGGCAUUUGGACUGAAGCCUAGUUGUUCGUUUGAACGUCGUUGGCUUUUGUGGACGCCAUUUCUGAGUUUCUUGCUGCUGGUUAGGAGAUUGAAUGGUUGAUUGUUUUUGUUUAUGAUUGGAAUUCAAUUUGCAUAGCUGUGGGAAUUGGUGAUCUAGGUUACUUCCGAUCAGAGUUACGUAAGUGUUUGAGGCGAAAUGGGUGAUACUGAAGAUGUUCAUACUGAUAGCUUUCGAAAUCUUCAAUGUUCGUUUGGAACAUCUUCCUCCUCUUCUGUGAAGCAUAAUUUCUCUAUGGAUCAGCUUAAAAUUUCUCAAAUGAACUGCUCACAAGGCCGUCCACAGCAUUUUCAGUCGAAUUUUCUUGGAGAUAAUAAUCGAAGAAUUGGGAUACCACCGCAGAUCCCACCAAUCUCUCCGUAUUCUCAGAUCCCGGUGUCGCGUCCGAUGAACCAGCAUAGUUAUAGCCCUGUUCCUACUCAUUCACGAUCGUUAUCUCAGCCUUCUUUCUUCUCUUUCGAUUCUUUGCCGCCUUUAAGCCCCUCUCCAUUUCGGGACUCCCCCUCUACAUCGAAUUCAGAUCAGGUUUCUGCAGACACAUCAAUGGAGGAUAGGGAUGCUAGUUCACAUUCGUUGUUGCCUCCCUCACCUUAUAUGAGGGCCAAUUCUUCGCAGAUGGGAGAUGCUUUACCCCCUCGUAAAGCACAUAGGCGGUCCAAUAGUGAUAUUCCAUUUGGAUUAUCUUCGAUGAUUCAGUCAUCUCCUCUUCUCCCUUUAAGUGGCUCAGGUGGAUUGGAGCGAUCAACAAAUAGUAAAGAGAAUGUGGGCAUGUUUAAGCCGGGUAGCCAGUUUGUUAAAAGAGAGCCUAGUUUGGAGAAAGGCAUUGAUAACAAUUUGGAAGGAAUGGGUGAAAGGAAGCCCGAAGGGGACACUGUGGAUGAUUUAUUCUCUGCUUAUAUGAAUUUGGAUAAUAUUGAUUUGUUCAACUCCUCUGGGGCCAACGACAAGAAUGGUCAUGAGAAACGGGAGGAUUUGGAUAGUAGAGGUAGUGGAACAAAGACAAAUGGGGGUGAGAGCAGUGAUAAUGAAGCAGAAAGCAGUGUAAAUGAAAGUGGGGAUAGCGCUCAAAUGCCUGGAUUGAAUUCCUCUGCUGAAAAGAGGGAAGGGAUCAAACGAACUGCAGGGGGCGAUAUUGCUCCAACGACCAGACAUUAUCGAAGUGUCUCCAUGGAUAGUUUCAUGGGGAAGCUGCAGUUUGGUGAUGAGUCGCCCAAAAUGCCUCCUACACCACCUGGUGUUCGUCCGGGGCAACUUUCAUCAAACAACUUAGUUGAUGGUAAUUCAGCUCCAUUCAGCUUGGAGUUUGGUAAUGGUGAGUUCAGUGGGGCUGAACUGAAGAAAAUUAUGGCGAACGACAAACUUGCUGAGAUUGCACUAUCCGAUCCCAAGCGUGCUAAGAGGAUCUUGGCGAACCGUCAAUCUGCUGCUCGAUCGAAAGAACGUAAAAUGCGAUAUAUAUCUGAGUUGGAACACAAGGUUCAGACUCUACAGACAGAAGCUACCACGCUGUCUGCCCAACUCACACUUCUACAGCGAGACUCAGUUGGACUUACAAAUCAGAAUAAUGAGCUGAAGUUUCGUCUCCAAGCCAUGGAACAGCAAGCACAAUUACGGGAUGCUCUAAAUGAGGCAUUAACCGGGGAGGUUCAGCGAUUGAAGCUCGCUACAACCGAUAUAAACGCGCAAUCUCAUCCCUCAAACGGGGUAAUGUCUCAAUCAUCUAUGAAUCACCAUGGACUCCAGCUUCAGCUUCAGCAGCAGCACCAACAACAUAUGCAGCAGAAUGGCAAUGCAACCACAAAACCAGAGUCCAACAUUUUGAGGGCGAUUGGUUGUGUUUAUGAUUGGGAGUUUGGCGAAAUGGGAGAUACUGACGAUGCUAAUGCUGAGAACAUGCGAAAUCUUCAAUGUUCGUAUGGAGCAUCUUCUUCUUUUGCUGGAAAUCUUCCUUUGUCGAUGGAUCAACUUAAAAUUUCUCAAAUGAACUGCUCACAAAUUCGUCCACCACACUUUCAGUCAAAUUUUCUUAGUGAUAAUAGUAGAAGAAUCGGGAUACCUCCUAGCCCCAACUCACCGCAGAUCCCACCGAUUUCGCCGUAUUCUCAGAUCCCGAUCUCGCGUCCGAUGAACCAGCAAAAUUAUAGCCCAGUGCCUACUCAUUCCCGAUCGUUAUCUCAGCCUUCUUUCUUUUCUCUCGAUUCUUUGCCCCCUUUAAGCCCGUCUCCAUUUCGCGAGUCCCCAUCUACAUCGAAUUCAGAUCAGGUUUCUGCAGAUACAUCAAUGGAGGAUAGGGAUAACAGUUCCCAUUCUUUGUUGCCUCCCUCACCUUAUAUGAGAGCCAAUUCUUCUAAGAUGGGAGAUUCUUUACCUCCUCGUAAAGCACAUAGGCGGUCUAGUAGUGAUAUUCCAUUUGGAUUAUCUUCAAUGAUUCAGCCAUCUCCUCUUCUCCCAUUCAGUAGCUCUGGUGGAUUGGAGCGAUCUACGAGUAGUAAAGAGAAUGCUGGCAUGUUAAAGCCCGCCAGCCAGUUAGUUAAAAGAGAACAUAGUUUGGAGAAAAACGUUGACAACAAUUUAGAAGGAAUGGGUGAGAGGAAAUCCGAUGGGGACAAUGUGGACGACUUAUUUUCUGCUUAUAUGAAUUUGGAUAAUAUUGAUUUAUUCAACUCUUCUGGGACGAACGACAAGAACGGUCAUGAGAAUCGAGAGGAUUUGGAUAGUAGGGGUAGUGGAACGAAGACAAAUGGGGGCGAGAGCAGUGAUAAUGAAGCAGAAAGCAGUGUAAAUGAGAGUGGGGAUAGCGCUCAAAUGCCUCGAUUGAAUUCCUCUGCUGAAAAGAGGGAAGGGAUCAAACGAACUGCAGGGGGCGAUAUUGCUCCAACGACCAGACAUUAUCGAAGUGUCUCCAUGGAUAGUUUCAUGGGGAAGCUGCAGUUUGGUGAAGAGUCACCCAAAAUGCCUCCUACACCACCUGGUGUUCGUCCGGGGCAACUUUCUUCAAACAACUUAGUUGACGGUAAUUCAGCUUCAUUCAGCUUGGAGUUUGGUAAUGGUGAGUUCAGUGGGGCUGAACUGAAGAAAAUCAUGGCAAAUGACAAACUUGCCGAGAUUGCUUUGACCGAUCCCAAGCGUGCAAAGAGGAUCUUGGCCAACCGUCAGUCUGCUGCUCGAUCAAAAGAACGAAAGAUGCGGUAUAUAUCCGAGUUGGAACACAAGGUUCAGACUCUUCAGACAGAAGCUACCACACUGUCUGCCCAACUCACUCUUUUACAGAGAGAUUCAGUAGGGCUUACAAACCAGAAUAAUGAACUGAAGUUCCGUCUUCAAGCCAUGGAACAACAAGCACAACUACGCGAUGCUCUUAAUGAAACCUUAACUGCGGAGGUUCAGAGAUUGAAACUCGCUACGAUGGAGCUAAACGCGCAGUCUCAUCCCUCUAACGGAGUAAUGCCCCAAUCUUCCAUCAGUCACCAUAGCCUCCAGCUUCAGCUUCAGCACCACCAACAACAACAGCAACAGAUGCAGCAGAAUGGGAGUGCAACCACAAAGCCUGAAUCCAACCAAUAAAGUUCGUUGAUGAAGAUGGAUGAGCUUCAUUGUCUCUUUGAUCACCUUGUUCAUCACCAUCACUGUAAGCUAGCUCCUCAUUGUUGUUACCAUUUUAAAGUUGUGUAAAUCGCACAGUUGGCUUUUAUGCUUUGUUUUAAAUACUUCACUCAAUGUGUAGGCAAACUUGUUACCAAAGAAGAGAAGUGUUGUUUGGAUGAUAAUUACUUUAUAUCAUAUUGUAGCAUUUGAAACCUUC